GCAGAUCCGCUCUAUGCAAAUGGCUGCAGUCAAGGCGAGAGACGGAGGAAGGAGAGACUUUUACAUUGCCAGCAAAGGGCAUGCAAACGGAUUUAUAUUAAAAAUAACUAAGCAAAGAAAUGCAACUGCACUGUAGGAUGGAGAACUGAAAGAAAAGCGACAGCAUUCAUGGAUAUAGUUGACACCUUUAACCGUUUAAUUCCCAGUGACCAGUUGGAUGACACCUUAUUACUAGGGCCGAACUUGGAAAGUGAAGUCAGUGAUGAAUUUGGAACAGGUCACAACUUAGAAGACUCUCUUAAGAACAUGUUGAGUGACAAGGAUCCCAUGCUUGGAUCUGCUAGCAGCCAGUUUCACCUUUUAGAUAAUGAUGAUACCAACUUUCAAACCGCUGGCUCAACAGUUGUAGGACUUCAAGACAUCACGAAUGAGGGAGAAUUAAAGGAAAGUGGCCAUAAUAUCAUUGAGGAAGAAGACUUGAUGCUUACCGGCAAGAGCCAGAGAGGCAUAUCUGUAAAUACUGCUUUGCAGUCACCUAGAAAGUCACCACGCUUAAUGGCUCAAGAACCUGCAAGACAUUUACGACAGAGUACCUUAGCAAGGCGUUGCAGUCCUUCAAAUGCUUUAAAGAAAUCCCCAGCAAAAGGUGACCCAGGGAGAAGGGGGGAACAAAAACAGCAUGAAAACUUAACUGGACAGGAUGAAUCAGAAAGCUGUUCACAAGAGUCAGUCCUGCAUAGUGUUCAGCGAGAGAGGCAGAUUAUACCUACUGGUGUUUCUACAGUGAACCCUGCAGCAGUAGCUCCCAAGGAAGAAGAAACUGUUGAGGAUUUUAACAGCCAGUUAAAGGUGAAAGAGCAGUCCAGUGGGUCUCCUACGACAGACAUAAACAUGGCACAGACUCAGAAAAAAGAGGACAGCUCUAUCUGUCAAAUACAUGACACAGAUAAGAAAAUCAGUGGAGAACAAGACAAGAAAUUGUUUGAAACUAGCAACAGUGAAAAUGCACCAAAUACUGGACUACAUAUUGAGGGAAACAUGGCUGAAGUAAAAGGAAAGGCAAGCGAUGAGAUGCAAAUUAAUGUCCUGGGUUCCUCUGAGUUAGGGCUGUGUGUAAACCCUAAUGACGUUCAGGAAGGCCCCAGUAUGUUACUGGGCAAUCGUAUGGUAGAAGAUCAGACCAAAAUAAACAUUCCAGAUAAAUCUGCAAUUGAACCAGAAAAUGUCCGGGGCCAAAUAGAUGCUCAGACAUUGGGACACAGCAGUGUUGAAAGAAUUUGUCCUGAUCAAAGUCAGGAUGUUAAAGAAACCCAGCAGCAUAUAGACACCAACGCAGAAGAAAGGCUUCAUCCAUCUAAAGGUCAAAAGAAUGAAGAGUCUCAGAGCAAACUGGACGAAAAAUAUUCAGUAAAGAAACCAUUAAAAUCUAAAGAGUUGCAAUCGGCAUUAAAACAGCAUCCUAAGCUUUUACCAAAGUUGCAGACAGAGUUACUUAUGGAACAUACAUUUGCACAGCAGAGAAAGGUGAGGACAGAUAUUCAAAACGAUCAGGGGCCCAAACGCAAACAGCCCUUGACAGCUGUUAAACGUAAAGGAGAUGACCUCAAAAUGCACCAGCUACAGUGUGCAGCAAAACUUCAGAAAACUGAAGGAAGCAGCCAGGAUGUGAAGUCAAAAAUUGGGGAAAAAACACAUCCGAAGCAAGCACAGGUGCUGCAGCCUAGCAUGAGUUUAAAGUCUCCAAUGUCUGGUAGACCAGCAAAUGCAAAGUUAGCUAUUGGUGUAGUUCAAGAUAGAUCUAAGUACCAACAGCAGACUAGACCGUUGUCUCAUAUGAGCCAAAAACAUAAUUUAGCACUAAGUAAAUCCAGUUUUAUUCAAAAGGAUGAGCUAGAAGAGGAUGAUGGAGAAAAACAUACAUUGAAAAAGAAUGAGAAGGGAUUGUACAGACAGAGGAUAAGCAGCAGGGGCCUCUCUCUAAAUGAGCCUCCCUUGUUCAUCCCAGACAAUGCACCAGCUGUGAAAAAGGAUGCUCCUGAAGAUGGAGCUUCUAUUGAUAAUGAAGUUGUGUGGGAUCCCAGCAAGAACUGUGGCUUCUGUAAAAAACCCCACAGCAACAGGUUUAUGGUGGGUUGUGGACGUUGUGAUGAUUGGUUCCAUGGUGACUGUGUUGGGCUUGGCCUUGCUCAGGCACAGCAAAUGGAGCAGGAAGACCAAGAAUAUGUAUGUUUAAAGUGCUGUGCAGAGGAAGAUAAAGGAGAUAAAUCCAGUGCACAGAACCCUUGUGCAAAACAACAACCCAGUUCCUUAGAGUGCCACUCCAAACCAGAGCACCAGGAGAGCAGAUCUGCAGUUAAGCAUGAGAAACUUGGGCAACCAGCAUCCUACCCUACAGGUGUCUGUAACCUUAACCUUGGGAUGAAUGAAAAAACAAAGCAGUCAGACGAUAUUAGGAAGUACAGAGUCAAAAUAUUCAGAAAGGAAUCAACAGAGGGAGUUUCCUCUGAAUCCAGGGAAAUGGAGAACAGAAAGGUGCAAUCAGUGGGGAUGAGACACCCUUCAGGGGACUGGAUGGAGCAUGGGAACAGGGAACCAAAACCAGGAGUCAGUGAGAGGCAAGAUGUCAAGAAAAAGAAAAUAGAAAAGUCUCCUUUCUCCACACUCUCUUCCUCAAAAAAACCUUCAGUUGAGCAAAUAAGGCAGAAUGUCCGUGAAUCUCUGAAGGACAUUCUCAGUAAAAGACUCUCUGAAUCUAAUUUGAAGAUUUCUACAGACAGAGCUGCAAAGGUUGCCUUGAAAACUGAGAGAGAACUGUUUUCUUUCUUUCGGGACACUGACACCAAAUACAAGAGCAAAUACCGAAGCUUAAUGUUCAACCUUAAGGAUGCUAAAAAUAAAGUCUUAUUCAAGCGUGUUCUUAAAGGUGAGAUUGGUCCAGAUCACUUGAUUCGUAUGAGUCCUGAAGAACUUGCAUCAAAGGAACUGGCUGCUUGGAGGAAGAGAGAGAAUCAACAUACAAUUGAAAUGAUUGAAAAGGAACAACGAGAUGUUGAAAGGCGGCCAAUCACAAAAAUUACUCACAAAGGAGAAAUAGAAAUAGAGAAUCAAGAGCAAGUGAAAGAGCCUGAAGUUAUGGAGAUAGAGGAACCAGUGCCUAAACCAGUAGAAGAACCAGAGGAAGUUACAGAAGAGGCAGAUUCUGAAAGCACCAAAGAUACAACAAGCCAGCAUAAGAAACACCUGUUUGACCUUAACUGCAAAAUCUGCACAGGUAAAAUGACUAAUUGUUUAUAUGAUAACAUACAUUAUUCUGAAACUAUCGACUGUGAAGUGAAGGUUGCAACUUCUGUGAUACGAAGGCAAUCAAAUGUUGAAGGGGAAAUACUGGUUAAUACUGCUUCUACCUACUCUGAAGAUCUGCCUUUCAGUGCCCAAGAUGAGAAAAACACUGUUUCCCCCAGUGCCUCAUUCUGUGAUGAAGGGAGGUUUAAUGCAUCUGGGAAUGCAAAAGAUGAAGCUGCAUUCCUUGCUCGUUUAGAGUCUCUUUGGAAAGGAUUCAUCAACAUGCCUUCUGUGGCAAAGUUUGUAAUUAAAGCCUACCCGGUGUCUGGCAUAUUAGACCAUCUUACUGAGGAUCUACCAGAUAGCAUUCAGGUUGGAGGUAGGAUAUCCCCUCAGAUGGUGUGGGAUUAUGUGGAAAAGAUACGUGCCUCUGGGACAAAAGAGGUGUGCUUAAUUCGCUUUUGCCCUGUGACAGAAGAGGAUCAGAUCUCUUACACUUUGUUAUAUGCGUACUUCAGUAGCCGAAAGCGUUACGGUGUUGUAGCCAACAACAUGAAGCAGGUGAAGGACAUGUAUCUCAUACCCCUGGCAUCCUCAGAAAAAGUUCCUCACCAUCUUGUGCCCUUUGAUGGCCCAGGAUUAGAAGCCAGACGCCCAAACCUCCUUCUGGGAUUAAUCAUUCGGCAGAGGGUUAAGAGAGACUUUGUUGUAGUCCUGCCUGUAGAAGCUGCUGAAAUGGCAUCCAACAGAUCUUUACCUGAGAAAAGUAAAACUGAUUUACCAAAUGAAGCAGCAGCCGAUGAGGAAAAAGAUUUAAACUCGCUUGCACCAAUACUGCUGAAGCAUCACAACAAGCCUCAGCAGUCUAGUGAAGAUGAAGAGGAAGAAAGUAAAGAACCCACUUCAGCUGUGGAAAAUGUCUUGCAGGAGCCAACAAAACCUUUAAGGUUUCUUCCUGGAGUGUUGGUUGGUUGGGAGAACCAAACAUCCCCCCUUGAUCUAGCCAGCAAGCCGUUAUCUGUGGAUGAUAUUCUUCGAAGCUUAUUGGGCACAACAGGCAAAGUAACUGCAGAAAGAAACACCUUAGAUACUGGAACUGUCUCAGAUUCCCCUUCCAAUAAAAGCCCACCCUUGAAUACUCCCAGGUCAGAUCGUUUUAUUGUAAAAAGGAGAGAAAUUAAAGUUAAAUCUGAGCACAAUCUGCAAGACUCUACCAGUCCAACUGACGGAUCCAAACAAAGAGAUUAUGUAGAUCUAGAAAACUCAAGGGCGACAAGUUCUGUUUCCCUGAAAGAUAAACCACCAGACGUUUCCACUGAGGCCUUCUUGGCAAAUAUAUCGCCAGUUAAAACAGAGGAAGAAAACAAAAGUAUUCCACAGCAUACUGAACAGCAGAUGAAUGAUCAACAAAAAGCUGAAAAAGAAAGCAAAGACAGCUUGUAUCUGGAGCAUGCUAGUAAUGGAAGUGUAUGUCCUGUAACUGUGUCUUGUACAUUUGGUGAAGACAACACAUCUCCUGGUACUUCAAAAUCAUUGUUUCUGAUCCCCAAAAGGGACCCCCGUCAAGCUGCUGGAAGAAACUUACCAUCCAGCGCCACAGAUAGUUUUCAUGAUGGAGAUGGAAAUAGAAAUGUCAUUACAAAAGAAGACACUAUUAAAAUAGAAAAUACACUUCUGGUGACAAAAGCUAAUUUCGUUCCUAGAGAUCAGUGUCAAGGAUAUAACUUGCCUACUGUUUUAAAUACUGGGACAGAACAGCAAAGUUUUUCAUAUCAGCAAGGUACAAAGUAUCUUCCUGUAAAUGAAGAAAUACAACACAUUAACACUGUUCCAUCAUUCAGAAGGGGACCUGACUUUAGUUUGUCUUCACACGGUCAGGUUCCGGGUCCUGUUGCUGGUCACUUCCCGCAAGCAGAAUUUCCAGCAAAUAACAUCCCACCAGCUCACCUCGGUGGUCCUGGGUUUCACUUUCAGAGAAUGCCAAAUUCAGAUUUUUCGGCAAAUACAUUGUCUGAUUUUCAACCCCAGCAUCCACAAGUACCACCUCUGUUUGGUUUUCCAAGAGGUCCUCCUCCAGUGUUUCAUCCAUCAGAAUCUGAAGUUCAGAAUCAUGGACUGCCUUGGCCUCCACCUGCCUCUUUUCCACCAAGCUUUCCACCGCACCACACAGGACUUGCACCUUCUGGUCCACACUUACCUUAUGAUUCAAGAUAUGGAGGUUCUUCAAAGCCCCACAUGAUUAUGGAGGAUAAAGGACCAGAAAGAAGCUACAGUGACCCCUGGAACAGACAACCUCAGCAUUCUGAAAAGAGCGACCGGAGCGAACACCAAAGCAGGCAAAGGUAUUACAGUGAAUCCCAUCAUGAAAGAAAAGGAAGACAUCAUGAAAGGGAUUACGAGCGAGAUAGGGAUAAAUAUGGGGAACGUUAUUCAGAAAAAGAUGGACACAGAGAAAGAAGUCGAAGCAGGGAUGAGAAAAACAGAGAGAGGAGGAGAAGCCAGGAAGAGAGGCAUAGAGGUAAAGACAGGGACAGACACGGUGCUGAACAUUUGAGAGGGGAAAGACAUCCUGAACGACCGAGAGAUAGGCAUCGGAGUGAGGAAUACAGUAGUCGUUCUGACAAAGAAAGGGAGAAGACCAGGGAAAGAGAGAAAGACAAACGUAAAGACUCUGAUUAUGAAAAAGUAAUCAAAGAUACAAAAUCAAAAGAUGAAAAACAUUUGUGAUGGAUAUAUAUAUAUAUAUAUAUAUAUAUAUAUAUAUAUAUAUAUAUAUAUAUAUAUAUAUAUUAUUUUUUUGUUCUUUUGCAUUGUCAACAGUGCUUUUAUUGUGUUAGCUGGUAGAAAACAGCAUUUUAUACAUCAGUGAUUCCCAUCCCCCCCCCCC